AUGAGCUUCACCAAUCCAAUCAUACCUGGCUUCAACCCAGACCCCUCCAUUGUCCGCGUGGACCAGGAUUUCUUCGUGGUUACCUCAACCUUUGAAUAUUUCCCCGGUGCCCCAAUUUACCACAGCCGAGAUCUGAUUCACUGGAACCUAAUUGGUCAUGCAUUGACGAGACCAAGCCAACUUCAAAUCCAUACUCCAGAGCCGGGUGGCGGGGUGUGGGCCACCACUAUCCGGUACCACCGCGGGGUAUUCUAUAUUGUUACAGCGAGCUUCCAGCGCUACCGCCCACAAGAAGAUGAUCGAGUGUGGCCACGGGGAUUCUAUGUCCAAACAACCAAUAUCUGGGAUGACAGGACCUGGUCAGAUCCUGUGUAUUUCGACCAAGUUGGAUUCGAUCAAGAUCUGUUCUGGGAUGAUGAUGGCACCGUAUAUCUAUCAUCUACCUACCGCAAGCUUCGACCUACUCCAGGUGUGAAGCUCAAGGACUUCGCCAUCCACAUCUGUACCGUUGACCUCGCCACGGGACACUCCACAUCAGAACCAAAAUUGAUUCGCGAGUCGUCAUCCGGAGUCGCGGAGGGCUCACACAUCUUCAAGCGUGGUCGCUACUACUACCUUUUCACGGCUGAAGGUGGUACGGAGAGUGGGCAUUGCGAGUGGGUUAGUCGUAGUGAGACUAGUCCAUUCGGGCCGUGGGAGCUCGCACCAAAUAAUCCUCUCUGGCGCAACGGCGUGGAAGAUGAGGUGCAGAAUACAGGUCAUGCGGAUUUGGUUGAAGAUACCAACGGAAAUUGGUGGGCAGUUCUCCUAGGAGUUCGGCCACUGCGACAUGAAGGACGGUGGCAGGAAUCAGUCCUGGGCCGAGAAACAUUCCUUGUGCAAGUGGAGUGGGAAAAUGACUGGCCAGUGAUCAACGGUGGCAAGAAGAUCACUCUGCAAUCCAACGGGCCUGGGCUCUACCAGCAUGAUAUCCCGGUCCUUUGGAAGGAUGACUUUUCUAGCCCCAAACUCCAAUUGGAUACCCCUUUGUCGGUCGACUAUUCCCUUACUGAACGCCCCAAUCAUCUCCGACUGUACGGCGGGCCAUACACCCUUUCUGUACCGGCUUGUCCGACCAUGUUUUUGCGCAAGCAAAUCCACCGAUUCUGUACAUGGGAGACGAAUCUAUCGUUUUACCCCAGCUCUGAGCAUACUGAGGCCGGGGCCGUCGUCUGGUGGAACUACUUCACGUAUACUAGUCUUGCGAUUCGCCGGCAAGGCAACCGCCGGGUGAUUCGGUUCAGGCCAUCAGAAGGCGAUAUGAAUGAGAAUACCUUAAAGUUGACAGGGGAUGUGGUACUCAUGAUCGAAUGUGGUUACGAAUAUCGAUUCGGAUACCGUGACUCGAGCAGCUCGCAGACUGUUUGGAUUGGAACCGUCACCAAUCAAGUCACAACGAAGGGACCGCCAGUAGGCGCUCCAUUUACAGGCAUGAUGCUGGGGCUUUAUGCAUUUGGUGAUUGCCAACGAUGCCCGACCCCGGCCGACUUUGCAUAUGCACAAUUCCGAUGA